AUGUCUAAAGCUGUUGGUAUCGAUUUAGGUACAACUUACUCCUGUGUUGCUCACUUCGCCAAUGACAGAGUUGACAUCAUUGCCAACGAUCAAGGUAACAGAACCACCCCAUCUUUUGUCGCCUUCACUGACACUGAAAGAUUAAUCGGUGAUGCUGCCAAGAAUCAAGCCGCUAUGAAUCCAUCAAACACCGUCUUCGACGCCAAAAGAUUAAUCGGUAGAAACUUCAAUGACCAUGAAGUCACCGAAGAUGCUAAACAUUUCCCAUUCAAAUUGAUCGACGUCGAUGGUAAACCACAAAUUCAAGUGGAAUUCAAAGGUGAAACUAUAAAAUUCACUCCAGAACAAAUCUCAUCAAUGGUCUUGGGUAAGAUGAAGGAAACUGCUGAACAAUAUUUAGGGUGUGCUGUUAAUGAUGCUGUCGUUACCGUCCCAGCUUAUUUCAACGAUUCUCAAAGACAAGCUACUAAGGAUGCUGGUACUAUUGCUGGUUUGAACGUCUUAAGAAUUAUUAAUGAACCAACUGCUGCUGCCAUUGCUUACGGUCUAGACAAGAAAGGUGGUGAAGAAAAUGUCUUGAUUUUCGAUUUAGGUGGUGGUACUUUCGAUGUCUCCCUUUUGUCCAUCGAAGAUGGUAUCUUUGAAGUUAAAGCUACCGCUGGUGACACUCAUUUAGGUGGUGAAGAUUUCGAUAAUAGAUUAGUUAACCAUUUCGUUCAAGAAUUUAAGAGAAAGAAUAAGAAGGAUUUGACUACUAACCAAAGAGCUUUAAGAAGAUUAAGAACCGCUUGUGAAAGAGCUAAGAGAACUUUAUCUUCCUCCGCUCAAACUUCCGUCGAAAUUGACUCUUUGUUCGAAGGUAUCGAUUUCUACACUUCUAUUACCAGAGCUAGAUUCGAAGAAUUAUGUGCUGAUCUUUUCAGAUCUACUUUAGACCCAGUUGAAAAAGUCUUAAGAGAUGCUAAAUUAGAUAAAUCUCAAGUUCAUGAAAUUGUCUUAGUCGGUGGUUCCACUAGAAUUCCAAAAGUUCAAAAAUUAGUCACUGAUUACUUUAACGGUAAAGAACCAAACAGAUCCAUUAACCCAGAUGAAGCUGUCGCUUAUGGUGCUGCUGUUCAAGCCGCUAUCUUAACUGGUGAUCAAUCUUCAAAGACUCAAGAUUUAUUAUUAUUAGAUGUCGCUCCAUUAUCUUUAGGUAUUGAAACCGCCGGUGGUGUCAUGACUAAAUUGAUUCCAAGAAAUUCAACUAUCCCAACAAAGAAAUCUGAAAUCUUCUCCACUUAUGCUGAUAACCAACCUGGUGUCUUAAUUCAAGUCUUUGAAGGUGAAAGAGCUAAGACUAAGGAUAACAACUUAUUAGGUAAAUUCGAAUUAUCUGGUAUCCCACCUGCUCCAAGAGGUGUCCCACAAAUUGAAGUCACUUUUGAUGUCGAUUCAAAUGGUAUCUUAAAUGUCUCUGCUGUUGAAAAGGGUACUGGUAAAUCUAACAAGAUUACUAUCACUAACGAUAAGGGUAGAUUAUCAAAGGAAGAUAUUGAAAGAAUGGUCUCUGAAGCUGAAAAAUUCAAAGAAGAGGAUGAAAAGGAAACUGAAAGAAUCGCUGCUAAGAAUCAAUUAGAAUCUAUUGCUUACUCUUUGAAAAGUUCAGUAUCUGAAGCUGGUGAUAAAUUAGAUGAAGCUGAUAAGGAAACUGUCACUAAGAAGGCUGAAGAAGCUAUCGCUUGGUUAGAUUCUAACAUGACUGCUACUAAGGAAGAAUUCGAUGCUCAAUUGAAGGAAUUACAAGAAGUUGCUAACCCAAUCAUGACUAAAUUGUACCAAAACGGUGGUGCUCCAGGUGCUGCUGAUGGUGCUGCUCCAGGUGGAUUCCCAGGUGGUGCUCCUCCAGCUCCAGAAGCUGAAGGUCCAACUGUUGAGGAAGUUGAUUAA